AUGGUUAGUACAUCAAAAUAUCGUUCUAAGCAUUCAAGUGAAUUAAGUAAGUACUUUGAAACAAAUACCCAAAAUGGAACCCCAAUUGAAAACCGUCUUAAAAAAAUGGAGGAGAUGAAACAAUCUUUCAACGAACAAAAUGAAGAACUGGCUGAACAGUUCACGAAAAGCAUUUUAAACACUAUUGACGAAAAACUGAGUCCUCUUAUAGCCGAAACCCAGAGACUAAAAGAAGUGAAAAUCUUUCAAUUGCGCGUGCAAAACUUGGAAAGAGAAGCAAGAAAGAACAAUGUAUACCACAUGGCAUUGCGGAAACGGAAAAUAGCACAGCUGAACUCUGGAAAAACCCAAUAG